CCGGAAAGCGAAAGCAACAAAAACUACUUUUUUUUCACUCUCACUCGUCGUCCCAUUUCCUUGUCUGAAAAUCCCUCUCUGUCUGCUACUCUGCUCUCUUCCAUUGCCAUCGACCAACAAAUCGUAUCUCCUACAGUCCUACGCCCUCUCCCUUUUCACUCUCUCUUCUCAAAAUUCAAUUUUCCAAACUGGGUCCUUCCUUCCUUGCACCUUCGAUCCUUUUCCGUCACUCACUUUUGCUUCAAUCCCACUCAGGGCAUUUCUCUUUCUUCCUUCUCUUUUGGGUUUUUGCUCUUCUCUCAUUCUCCUCGAAGAGGUCCAGAAAUACGCUGUUUCACUCCAAGAGUUGCCGAAGAAGACGACGACGACCGGCAGGUAAAUUCUCUUCUCUGGGCAAAAAACCCAAUUAUGGAGAAAUGUUUCUAUUUUGAAAUGACUUCCUUACGCCUUCGAUCUGUCAGUUUCUUCAACUGUACGUGUUCUUCUUUCUUUCCGCCCUUGUUGAAAAUGCACGAGUUGCAGUGUGGAUUUGGGUUUAGGAUAUCUGGGUGGGAUUUCAGUGUGUUCUUGUUAAACUAACAUAGAUUAAUGGCUGAGAGGCUGACCCAUAUCCCAUCUGUUUUCUUCACUAACUUUGUUGUUAGCGGUUUCUAACUCAUACGGUUUCUAGCAUUUAAGAAGAGGGCGGACAAACCCAGAACAAACAAACGUGCAGUCAAAGAAAGAAAUGACAAAUCAAUUCAUACGUGUUUCUGUUUGCACGGAUUGAUUGGUUACUUUCUUGGGAAGGUGCCAUUUAAGGUUGUAUUGUUAUUGUCAGUACUAACCCGAAUUCCCUCUUGCCGUGAUUCCUUAGUUUUCAACUCCAGGACGGGAAACAAAGGACAACUCGCUUUGGUCUUAUCCAACCUUCAUUUUUCCAAAUUUCUGCUCUGCUGCUCUUUGCGUUCUACUAGUGAAUUUUGCUCUUUGUUAGGGUUAUUUUGGCAAAAAGUUUCAGAAUUUGUGCUUGUGUUGGGUUUCUGCACUGGGUUGAACAAUUCAGGGAAAAUCCAUCUGCUCCAGUUGAUUUUUUCUCAUUUUAAAAAAGAAAGAGAUCUCUCGCUUAUGCAGAAUGCUGGACACAUCACACAUGUUCUGCAUUUGACUUUUCCAGUUAACCAUUUGCUGAUUUUAAAACAACGACAAUAUUAAUAAUAGUAACAUUGGAUAGAAGAAGUGACAGGUACGUGAGCAAAUUUUAGUCCCAACCAAUCUGAGAAUUGGCUUGUAAUUGAAAGGUCAAACUCUAGAAUUGUGACAGGCGAUGGAAAUUGCAUCGUUUAUCCUUUGUAGUAACACGGUGAAUUGGUGAUGAGUUGCAGGGUUAUGAUGACAUGGAUUGGAAGCUUGAGUAGUAGCAAGUAGCAGCAGCAGAAGGAAAGAGACAGAGAGAUAUGAAAGGGGAAUCAUCUCAGUUGAUCAUUGGGAUUUCAAUUGGGGUGGUGAUUGGCGUGCUUUUGGCUAUUCUGGCGUUCUUCAGUUUUAGGUACCACAGGAAGCGAUCCCAGAUUGGUAACAGCAGUUCUAGGAGAGCAGCCACGAUACCUAUCAGAGAAAAUGGGGGUGAUGCUAGUACCAUCAUGUCAGAUUCAACUGUUGGUCCCGAUUCGCCUAUGAAAUCCGGGGGUAGAAAUGGGCUCUCCUUUUGGCUUGAAACCUUUAAGAAGAGCAAUGGUGUGUCGGUUUCUGGCAUACCCGAGUAUUCUUACAAGGAUCUCCAGAAAGCGACAAGUAACUUUACUACAGUGAUUGGACAAGGAGCAUUUGGUUCUGUUUAUAAAGCUCAAAUGUUGACUGGCGAAACUGUAGCAGCCAAAGUGCUGGCCACCGAUUCUAAACAAGGGGAGAAAGAGUUUCGGACCGAGGUCAUGCUACUGGGAAGGUUGCAUCAUAGAAACCUAGUCAAUUUGGUUGGGUACUGUUCUGAGAAAGGGGUCUACAUACUCAUAUAUGUGUAUAUGACCAAAGGGAGCUUAUCUUCUCACUUGUACAGUGAAAACCAUGAACCAUUGAAGUGGGAUGUAAGGAUUAAUAUUGCUCUAGAUGUUGCAAGAGGCUUGGAGUAUCUCCAUGAUGGGGCAGUGCCACCUGUGAUUCACAGAGACAUCAAAUCAUCCAACAUCCUGCUAGAUCACUCGAUGAGAGCCAGGGUGGCUGACUUUGGACUAUCGAGAGAAGAGAUGGUCGAUAAACACGCUGCCAACAUAAGGGGAACGUUCGGAUACCUUGAUCCUGAGUAUAUAUCCACGAGGACGUUCACAAAGAAGAGCGAUGUUUACAGCUACGGGGUGUUGCUAUUUGAGCUUAUAGCUGGCAGAAAUCCUCAGCAGGGUCUGAUGGAAUACGUUGAGCUUGCAGCAAUGAACUCCGAGGGAAAAGUGGGAUGGGAGGAAAUAGUGGACUCGCGCCUGGAAGGUAAGUUGGAUAUGCAAGAGCUGAACGAAGUAGCAGCUCUUGCGUACAAAUGCAUACAGCGCGUGCCAAGAAAGCGGCCCUCGAUGAGGGACAUAGUGCAGGUGCUGUCAAGAAUCCUGAAGGCGAGGCACAACAGGAAGCACCAGCUGAGGAAGUUGUUCCUCUCUGCCACGCCGGAGGAAGUUUCCAUCGACAUCGAGCUGCCUGAAGUCAAGACGCCAACAUCUGAACGCCAACACCGGAGGGAGGAGUCAGUGGACAGUAUUGACACUCUGUGAAAGUUCAGAUGAUGAUGAUGAUGCAUUCUCAUUGCAUGCCUGGUCUCUUCUUCUUCUUGGUUCUUUUUUGAUUGGUUUGAUUUGUACAUGAGUUUGGCUUGGUUGUUAGUAUGCAAGAGCAGAGGGAAGACAUGAUCACAAGGUGAGAAGUUUUGGGUCUCUUGUGUUUUGAUGGAUAGGGUUUUCUUGUAACAUAUGGAAAUGGAUAUAUGAAAAUGCUCUCUUAAUUUUCUUCUAGAGAUACGAACCUAAGGAACGUGAUUUCUUUUCUUAUCCGAAUAAAUACUAAAUUGCGUGAACGAAUACCAAAUUGCGAGAAUUAGGUGACGGUGUCACCUCUCUCAUGGAUAUACAGCAACAAGACAACAAAACCGACCAGGCAACUUGACAGCCUUCUAACUGAGUGGGAAUGUUCCUCAUCACUCAUCAUCACGUGAUGGCGGAUCAUACACGUUAGUCCAUUUGCAUGCAGCAUGUGCGGGUGAAGAGAAACAUCAUGUGUAUCGGUCUUGGAGGCACCAUCUUUUGUUCAUGCGCACUGAUGUACAUGGGCGCUAGGCUGUGUUUGGGCCGGUACGGUACGAGCACGAUUGGGGCCCAUUUAUUUCGUGUCGUGUUUGGCAUAGCCCGUCAGUUUUCGUGCCGUGCCAUGCAAAUUCAUUUGUCAACUUUGCUAGGCCCGGCUCAGGUCCGGACACGGUUCGAAUCGUGCCGUGUCUAUUCGUGCUCGUGCCAUGCUGGUAUUCGUGUUUAAUGAAAAGGACGAAAAUAA